AUGGAGGGAGAGAUGAAAAACUUCAUAUUUGUAUGGACAACAGUCCUGGCAUCUCUCCUUUUCUGCCGCAAAAUCAGUAAAGUUAUAGCACCAGGUACAACACGUCUUUUAGCAUUCAUCCCUGUCUUCUGCAUCUUCAUCUACCUCCCUCUCCUCCUUACUGCUGUUAAUCUCACCGGUCCUACCUCUUUCUUCGUAACCUGGCUUGCAAACUUCAAAUUGAUGUUGUUUGCGUUUGAUAAAGGUCCUUUGUUCUCAAAUCCACCCCUCCCUUUGUUCAAAUUCAUCAUCACUGCUUGUGUCCCGAUCAAAAUCAGCGAUAAAUCCCAAAAUAUGAAGACCUCGACUCAAGUUAAUGGAAAAUCUGACGAGUCUCAAGUUGAUGGAAAAUCCGACGAAUCUCAAGUAGGUGGAGCUUCGAAAAGGGGAAAGAAAUCGCCGAUCAAUUACGCCGUCAAGUUUAUGGUGCUUGUUUUGUUGCUGAAGAUUUAUGAAUAUGGAGACAAGCUACACCCUCUGAUGAAAAUGGCUCUGUUUUGUGUUCAUAUUUAUGUGGUUUUAGAUGUGGGUUUAGCCAUGGUUGCGUAUUUAGCUCGAGCAAUUGUUGGUUUCGAGCUCGAACCACAGUUUGAUGAGCCGUAUCUGGCUACAUCUCUACAAGAUUUUUGGGGAAAGAGAUGGAAUCUAAUGGUUACAGGUAUACUACAUCCAACGGUGUACCUUCCCGUCCGAUCAAUUUCCGGUAGGUUUCUAUCGAGAGAUUUAGCUUCGCUUCCGGCGGUAACGGCCACGUUUAUCGUCUCCGGUUUGAUGCACGAGUUAAUAUUUUAUUACCUUGGACGACUGAAACCCACAUGGGAAGUCACAUGGUUCUUCGUGAUUCACGGCGUGUUGGUGAGUCUGGAGUUGGUGGUUAAAAGGGCGGUGGGUGGAAGAUUCCGUCUGCCGCCGGUGGUUUCCGCGCCGCUGGCGUUGGGUGUGGUGAUCGCCACCAGCUUCUGGUUAUUCUUUCCGCCGUUCUUGCGGUGUGAGACGGAACUCCGGUCGUGUAAAGAAUUGGCUGCGUUCAUGGAACUUGCUGUUCGUGGAAGAUUUGUUGGUCCAAAUGACGUAUCUUGCCCUUACUAUUGA